UCCGACGUGGGAACCUCAGUCGCAGCUGGUCGGCAGAAUGAGGUGUCACAGACGAAAUUCCUUCGCGUUUUUAGGCUUUUUUAGUGUAUUAAUCCUUCUCGGAUAUGGCCAAGAGGAUACGGAAUCGCUGGAGCUCGUGCAGAUGAUGUAUCGGCAUGGAGACAGAGCCCCAAUUACGUUAUAUCCAAACGACCCCUAUAAUGCAACAAUAUGGCCAAAUGGGCUUGGUCAGUUAACGAAGAGAGGAAAGGCCAUGCAAUAUGCACUUGGCCGAUGGCUAAGGAAUAGAUACAAAAACUUCAUAAGUGAGAAGUGGAUCCCAGAGGAGGUAUACGUCCGUAGCACAGACGUCGACCGCACACUGAUGUCAGCCGCUUGCAAUUUAGCCGCACUCUAUUACCCCGAGAAGCCGGCCCGUUUUGAAGAGGAUGUGGCCUGGCUUCCAACGCCCAUUCACACGGCUCCACUUUCGGAAGAUUUGUUAUUAAGUGUAGACCAGAGUUGCCCCAGGAUCCAGAAGGAGCUGGUGCGUCAGGAGGAACUGCCGGUGGUGAAGAACGUUACGCAGGAGAGCCAAGAACUAUUCCAGUUCUUGACGGAGAAGUCUGGCCAGAACGUGACGACUAUAUUGGACGUUGAUUACUUAUACGACACUCUGCGGAUAGAGGCAUUAUAUAACCUCACACUGCCUGACUGGACCCAUGAUGUCCUCCCAGCCAUGAAAGAACUCUCCGACUUCAGCUUCGAAAUUGUGGCUUUGUCCGAGGAACUGAAGCGGUUAAGAGCUGGUCCAAUAAUUGGAGAAAUGGGCAAAAAUAUGCGCGAGAAGGUGGCCGGAAACACCCCACAGCAGAAGAUGUUUAUGUAUUCAGCCCACGACACCACCUUGGCACAGCUUCUCCUUGGCUUGGGCGUAUUUAACAAUGUGGCUCCACCCUAUGCCACCACGUUCAUCAUUGAACUUCACAAACAUAAUGAGAAUGAACAUUAUGUCAAGAUGUUCCUCCGCAACGACACCAAAAUUAUUGACCCGCCAUAUGAGCUCCACCUGCCUGGCUGUCCUGAUCCGUGCACCCUUGACGAUUGGCUAAGCAUCACAAGUCAGGUCGUGCCAGAGGACUGGGCUGCCGAGUGCAAAUCUGAUGAUGACGUGGUUGAAAUGGCGACUGAGACAUUAAUUGUGCCAACCGUCCCCAAGGAGUUUUAGCAGAAACAGUGAUCAAUCUCCGCAGCAGUCUUCCUGGGUAUUCUUCUCCUUCUUCUGGUCAUCUUCAAUAUCUGCCAGUGGAAACAAUCAAAGCAUUACAACUACCAGGUCGUCCCAAACAACUUUACGUAGAACUAGGUUCCUCGGGGAGUGCAAACCUGAUGCUUGCUCACACUGGAGGAAGGAAAGGCUUUGUGAAGUGGAAUCCGGAGCUUUUCAUAGAUGAGUGAAUGCGGUUUCGAGGAAAGGAUUAUAUCAGAAUUUCAAUUUGUGGACUUUGACUCUUGUGAUAAUAAUAAGAAAAAAUAGUCCACCGUGUUUUGCGUCAGUUAAGUGGGUACGACAUGUUUUCCCAUCCUGGAAUGAAAAGUUUGUAAAUGUUACUGGAACAUUUCAUUUUUCUCUAAGUCAUUUUUUAGAAGUGUCGCGAGAUUAUAUAUUUCUAUAUACAUAAUGCAGUGAAUGAGAUUUUAUUGUAAGUUAACCUUUGUGCCUCUUUUAUUUAGUCUGCCAAAUGUAGCUGCAAGUAUUUUUUUAAUGUGUUCCUUUUUUUCAUAAUUGUAUAGUUAUAUCAGUGGUAUUAUUGAAAUUAAGUAUGGAUGGUGAUAAAAAAGUUACCUUCUGAAAUUCCAGAUUUGUUCAUAUAAUUAUUAUGUAUAUAAUUGAUCAUUAAUUUUCUCCUUUUAGCCAUUCAGUGAAAGAACAAAGUCCAUUUAAAGUGCCAUUGAAACUUACUCAUAUUGUUUUAGUAUAAUUGAUAAAUGCUAGUAAGUUAAAUUUUCCAUUACUGUCAUACAGUGAGGGGGUUCCAUGUAGGUUUUUCCACAGCAUUACAGGAAAUGCUGAAGUCUUUCAGAACUUCAUUAUGCAAUGUUGUUUCUAGUGAUCAAAACCAGUGCCAGUGAUUGUUGCUAGUGUUCCAGAAGGGGAAGGGGUAUUUGCUGUUAGUAUUUUCACUAGCUCACUCUCUCUCUCUCUCUCUCUCUCUCUCUCUCUCUCUCUCUCUCUCUCUCUCUCUCUCUCUCUCUCUCUCUCUCUUCUCUCUCUCUCUCUCUCUCUCUCUCUC